AUGCCCCCCGUCGCGUCGGCAGCGUCCGCGCCGCGCGUCGCCGCGCGUCCAUCCGCUCUCCGCCGCGAUCACCCUCGAUCGAGGACGACCGCGACGACGAAGCCGCGCGCGUCGUCCGCGGAGGAGGGCGUUCGCGCCUCGCCCUCCGUCUCCCAAAUCCCGGACUUCGCCUCGGCGACGGCCGUCGUCUGGGACGUCGACGGCACCCUCGCCGACACCACCGACCUCGGCUUCGCGUCCACCAACGCGGUGCUUCUCGAGGCGUCGCUCCCGACGAUCACGCUGGAGCAGUACCUCCGCGGCACCCGAUACGCCACCCCUCAGCGACUCGCGUGGCACGCCACGGGCGACAUCGAACACCCGAGCGGUGAGGCCCUCGGAGCCGCGUUCGACGCGCACUACAUCGCCCUCGUGGACGACAGAACGGCGGGGUUCUUCCCCGGGAUCCGAAACCUCGUCCGCAGGAUAGCGUCCGGCGGCACAGCCGGCGGCGGCGGCACGGCUGGCGGCAAAUCCCAGGCGGUGCUCUCCAACGCGUGCGGCGAGUACGCGCGUAAGGUGUGCGAGGCGAACGGGACGAUCGACGCGAUGGCCGCGGUGGUGGGCGCGGACGAGGUCCCCGACGUCAAGCCCUCGCCGUUAGGGUUGUUGAGCCUGUGCGAACGCCUCGGAUGGGAUCCCGCGACGUGCGUGUACGUGGGGGACUCGCCGAGCGACGGCGUGGCCGCGAAAGGCGCGGGGAUGAUGAGCGUCGGGUGCACGUGGGGCUCGCACGACGCGGACGCGCAGGCGGGACGCUUCGACGCGCUCGUGGACACCGUGCAGGAGCUCGAGGCGCUGUUGCUUCCUGGGAGGUAG